AUGGAUGACAACGAUAAUGAUGUUGCUAUGGACGGUAAUGACCACCGGACGGCAGACGGCGCUUCCGCAGCCUUGGGCAAUGGCUUCCUUGAUCCGACAACGGGAGAGAGCUCGCUCGAGCCCACUAACGGCCAGAGUCUGGACGAAGAUGAAGAGGCUGAUCCUACUGCCUACCCUGAACAUCUACGACGGCGCGGGCUGCUUCCAACGGGCUGCUGCUACGAUGACCGUAUGAAGCUGCAUGCCAACGCUGAUUUUGGGCCAAAUCCUCAUCACCCCGAAGACCCGUCCCGGAUCGAGUACAUCAUGAAGACGUUCAAGAAGGCCGGCCUUGUCUUCACUGGGUCUGAUGCUGAGCUUAUACGCAUAAUUCAGACCGAGCCAACCAAGUACAUGUGGCGGAUUCCGGCAAGGGAAGCAACAAGGGAAGAGAUUUGCACCGUCCAUCACCCUCGACAUUAUCUCUGGGUUGAAGAGCUGUCUCGGAAACCCACGCACGAACUCCGCCGCCUCUCCACCAUCAUGGACCAAGGAAGGGACUCACUGUAUGUCGGAAGCAUGACGUACGAGGCCUCCUUGAUCUCGGCCGGUGGUGCUAUUGAGACAUGCAAGAGCGUCGUUGUGGGCAAUGUCAAGAAUGCCUUCGCCAUCAUUCGUCCUCCUGGACAUCAUGCAGAGUUUGAUGCGCCCAUGGGAUUUUGCCUGUUCAACAACGUCCCCAUCGCCGCUAAGAUCUGCCAGGCCGAUUACCCCGAUCUGUGCCGUAAGAUCCUUAUCCUCGAUUGGGAUGUGCACCACGGUAAUGGCAUCCAAAACAUGUUCUACGAGGACCCCAACAUCCUCUACAUUUCCCUGCACGUUUACAAAAACGGCGAAUUUUAUCCGGGCAAACCAGACAACCCAAUGACGCCGGAUGGAGGCCCCGAGCAUUGCGGUGCUGGACCUGGCUUGGGGAAGAAUAUCAACAUCGGGUGGCCCGAUCAGGGUAUGGGCGAUGGCGAGUAUAUGGCAGCGUUUCAGAAGAUUGUUAUGCCCAUCGCCCACGAGUUCAACCCCGAUCUGGUGAUCAUCUCGGCUGGCUUUGACGCGGCUGCCGGAGACGAGCUUGGUGCCUGCUUCGUUUCGCCCGCGUGCUACGCCCAUAUGACGCAUAUGCUGAUGUCCCUCGCUGGUGGGAAAGUGGCAGUGUGUCUCGAGGGUGGCUACGAUCUCGAGGCCAUUUCAAAAUCGGCAUUGGCCGUGGCCCAAACGCUGAUGGGCGAACCACCGCCGAAGAUGGAAAUUCCAAAGAUAAACAAGGAGGCGGCAAAGGUACUGGCCAAGGUACAGGCAUACCAAGCGCCGUACUGGGAGUGCAUGCGGCCUGGAAUUGUGGACGUUCAAGAGAUGCAGACACAGGGGUCCGCGCGCCUCCACGACGUCGUCCGCAGGGCGCAGCGGCAGGUCCUGUCUGAGAAACACGGCAUGCUUCCCCUAUACAUACAGCGCGACAUCCUCUUCAAGUCCUUCGAGAAUCAGGUGCUAGUCACCAGGGCCGUCCACGCAGCGCGGAAGCUGCUCAUUAUCGUUCAUGAUCCACCGGAGCUACAUGGGCAACCAGACCCGCUGGACAACACGUUGGAGCCUCACAACGCAUGGGUGACCGACGGCGUCACUCGUUACAUUGACUGGGCCAUCAGCAAGGACUUUGGUGUUAUUGACAUCAACGUCCCCCAUUAUAUCACGCAUCCCGAGGACACUGAACCCUUCACACCACGAGCGAAUGAGCAGACCCUCCAGGCACAAAUUAAGGAUUUGAUGUGUUACAUCUGGGACAACUACAUUCAGCUCUACGACGGCGUGGAAGACAUUGUUCUCAUUGGAGUGGGGAACGCCUACCUUGGAGUCAAGAUGCUGCUCAUCAACAGACUGGACGCCAAGUCACGCAUCUCGGGCGUAGUCAAUUUUGUCAAUGGCAGUCUGCGGCCUGUCAAGUCGGACGUAGAUCAGGAGCUCUCGUCCUGGUACAAGGAUAACUCGCAGGUCUAUGUGGCGAACGAUCACGCGUGCUGGUCCGACCCGGACCUCACGCGGAAGGUGAUGAAGCGACGCUUCGGCAAUGUCAUACGCAGCCAGGUUAAUGGCUUGACGCCCAUGAUGGCCGAGCACUUUGCUGAUGUGCAGCAAUUUAUCUUGGACCGGGUUGCGGAGGGCGCGCAUGGCGGGGAUACCACUGAGGAUGAGAUCAGGAUGAAUUGA